CACCAAUGUACGCCCGAUGCACCGAAUUGUAUGCACGUUAUCAUUCUUAUGCAGUCAUUGAGAAGUGUCAAUAUUUUUUCAUGAUUAAUUUGUUUUAUUUCUUUUUACGUGAGAUGUCUUUCCUCAAAUUGGUUAAUCCUGCUCUGGUACAGUGUAUUUAUGUAACACAUUUCUGCGGUCUCCAUAAACUCCAGAACGCAUCAUUCACGAUUCACACUGCUCCUGAGUCUGGAACUGUAUGAUCAACUGGUAUCAUCAUAUCAAACCUGCAUCAUCAUGGAAGCUGCUUUCGAAACAAGUCUUGGUCGUUGGAAAUAUCCCAAAGCAAUCUAGAAGAAGCCGGUCAGGUAGUACAGUCGUCAACUCGUCCAAGCCCCGAAUGGACCGUGCCACCAUACGUUUAGGAGGGACUACUAUCCUGCUAUGGUAAUAAAUAUGUCACGGUGUGCCGAGCCCACUAGUGAUACAGGCAGGCCUUGACCGACAAUGGAUGUUGUGCCAAAGAAGAAGAAGAAGAAGAAGAAGAAGAAGAAGAAGAAGAAGAAGAAUCUAAAACUAGUAGAAGUUACUCUCACUGGAAUUUAAUUCUUACUUAUUCUGGUUUUCGUCCCAGAUACGCCUCGGUCCUGUAACUGGUCCAAAAUCUAUGUCUGUAUCAGAUAUGUCUGUCAGAUAAUGGGAUAACCUAUCCCAUUAUAUCAGUGGAGUAAGAAGCACUCUCAGUGAAGGAUAUUCCCACUGGAACUCCGGAUUGGAACCGGGUUCUGGAACUGAUAUCGAGCCGUUUACAUUCUGGAACUGGCCUCGAAUCUCGAAACCCGUUCCAAGAACCUAUCCUAAGCCUAUCAAGAUGCUGGAACUGAUACGGAACUUUUUUCCGGUUGUGGCACUAUUUCCAGCACGUUUCCUGCUUAGCAACUGACACUACAUCAAUCUCUUAACUAAAACUAAUUGCAUACCAGUUCAAGUCCUGCAGGUGAUACUGAAAAGAUGUCAUGUAAGUGACCACGAUUUUGAUGGCUUUAUAGAUGGAUGAAUUUCGUUGUUAGCGCUAAUCUCGCGCCUAUCCCGAUUGCAAAAGUUAUUCAAAGACAGUUGCAGUCUUGUAGAUGAUACAAUUUUUUUUCUAGUUGGCCGGAACUGGUUCCAAACCCAUGUCGGUACAUCAACAUGCAUAUAAUCUACUUCAAUGCUGCGACUCAAUACUCAUUUUCACAAGAGCCAAUGAGGUUUGAGGACGAUCAAAAUUCCUGGAAAGAUCCCCCAAAAAAAUAUUCCGAAAAUCCACCAAUUCUCCAGCCUGCUGGGUGGAUUCGACACCGCGCGCGCCCUGUUUGCAAGUGUCUAUACGAAGCCUCCCCACCCUUUGCACACACACACACUCACACACAGACAGCCCUACACACAACCUUUUACAGCCGGGGCUCUACUCGCACAGCGUGCGCUUCACGCUUCACCGGGCCUCAUUGCCGAAAGGGAACGGAAAGGAAACGGCAGCUCGAACACAGCCUUUAGCGUGUGUGACCCCUCGCGUCUAGUUCGCCAGCUCUCCUUCUACCACCCCACCUCCACCGCCGCAAACACACGCACCCGUGUGGCAGUUCUUCAGCUCUUCCAUCGAAUUUUAGAUUUCAGUCGACGAUGAGCAGCGCUGAACCGCAGACGAAGAAAACGAAAAUGGCUUCGAGUUUGGAACAACUGAAACAGCUCACCACGAUCGUGGCCGACACCGGCGACUUCGAGGCGAUGAAAACGUACAAGCCAACCGACGCUACGACGAAUCCGUCGCUGAUUCUGUCCGCGGCCGGCAUGGAGCAGUACCAGCAUCUGAUCGAUAAGGCCAUAAAGCACGGACAGAAGGCGGGAACCACGCUGGACGAGCAGGUGUCCGAGGCGGCCGACAUGCUGUUCGUGCUGUUCGGGUGCGAAAUUCUGAAGCUGGUGCCGGGCCGCGUGUCGACCGAAAUCGAUGCCCGGCUGUCCUUCAACAAGGAAGCGUCGGUGGCGAAAGCCCUCAAGCUGAUCGCACUGUACGAGGAGCGCGGCAUCAAGCGGGACCGGGUGCUGAUCAAGCUCGCCUCCACCUGGGAGGGCAUCCAGGCGGCCAGUGUGCUGGAGAAGGAGCACAACAUCCACUGCAACCUGACGCUGCUGUUCUCGUUCGCGCAGGCAGUGGCCUGUGCCGAGGCGGGCGUCACCCUCAUCUCACCGUUCGUGGGCCGCAUUCUCGACUGGUACGUGGCCAACACGGAGCAGAAAGCGUUCGAGCCGGAGCAGGAUCCGGGCGUCGUGUCGGUGACCAAGAUCUACAACUACUACAAGAAGUUCGGCUACAAGACGGUCGUGAUGGGCGCGUCGUUCCGCAACGUGGGCGAGAUCAUGGCGCUGGCCGGGUGCGAUCUGCUCACGAUCAGCCCGAAGCUGCUCGGCGAGCUGGAGAAGAGUGCGGAACCGGUCAAGCGCUAUCUGGAUGCGGAGAAGGCGAAGGAGGUAGCGCUGGAGAAGGUGCAGAUGGAUGAGGCCACGUUCCGCUGGAUGCUGAACGAGGACCAGAUGUCGACGGACAAGCUGUCGGACGGUAUUCGCAAGUUUGCGGCCGACGGUCGCAAGCUGGAAACGAUGCUGCGUGGUCUGCUGCAGUAAGGAGGGACUCUGGAGAGGGGUGCUCGGUACGGUAAAACCGGUGCUGGAGCCGCCUCACAAAGGUUAAAACGAAAAAGGUUCUUUAUGUUGUGUGUUGUCGUUGUUUUCUUCUGGAAUUAAAUGUGCUUAUAUUUUGAUAAA